AUGUGUGACUACCCCGAAAAUUCUUCAUGUGUAGCCACAUACACUUUCUGCGACGUGGUGCCCAAUGAUACGCCAUUUCUAGAUGAAAACAACUGUGACAAAUAUUAUGAAUGUAUCAAACAAAGAACCAGCGUUGUCCUGACCGAAAAACAGUGCGAUACUGGCAAAUACUUUGACGUGACGACGGCAACUUGCUUGCCAAAGGGUCAGGUUAAUUGCUCUAAACAUCCCUACCCCAAGGACGUAUGCGGCACAACGAAACUUGCCAUCAGAGAUCAUUUCGUGAGUGAUGAUGCGACAUGUCGUGGAUAUUUCUAUUGCCAAGAUCUCGGUGUUGGUAAACCAGACUCCACACCUGUCUGGGGACAGUGUCCUGUCACUAAAUUCUUCGAUUCAAAGGAGGAGGCUUGCAAGUCCCGCACCAGCGUUCAGUGUGAUGAGGAUCGUUGCGAUGGUCGAGAUGACGGCUACGAAUUGAGUUCGAAAACCGGUUGCCAACAUUAUCUUGUUUGUGAGAACAAUCGGACUGUGGAGGAGAGAGAAUGUAGCGAGAAUAUGUGGUUCGAUGCUGCAGCGGAGAAAUGCACCUCAACGAGGCAAUCGUAUGCAGCGUGCGCCUAAAGCUAACUUCAUAUUAAUGGGCCACUGGAGAGCAAAUUACUUUCUGCUUAUUUACAACUUUUUGUUA